CCCAUCACUACUGACUAUACACUACAAUGAAGCUCGUCUUGACUCUGGCUGUUCUGGUGCUUGUUGGUGCUGUGGGGUCAGAGGAGAGCAGAGUGUGCCCUCCUCACUCCAGGCCGUGGCAGGUGUACUUACACGCAGGACACUGCAGUGGAGUCCUCAUCAGCGAGUGGUGGAUUAUCACAUCAUUCUCAUGCUCUCUAAAUGUUUUUCCCGGCUCCAUAGCCUCUCUGGGUGAACAUAACCUGGGUGCAGCGGAGGGCACAGAGCAGCAUAUCUCCGUAGCUGACGUCAUCCGACACGGCCCAUACCGCUCGCCCCUCCACAGCCUCGCUAUGGUACGCCUGUCUCUCCCCGCUCAGAUGACCCAGUACGUCCAGCCCCUCCCCCUGCCCACUCACUGCCCUCAGCCCGGGGAAACCUGCUCCGUCAGCGGCUGGGGCUCCACUGCCCCAAAUCAAUAUGAUUCCCCUGGCCUGAUGAAGUGUCUCAGUGUCCCUAUUGUGGGUGACCGCUUUUGUGAGAGCACUUUCCCUGAGUUCAUCUUCUGGAGCCACGGAAUGGUGUGUGCUGGGAGUGCCAUCACGGACAACUGCCUGACUGAUGGCGGGGCAGUGCUGGAAUGUGAUGGGCAGCUGCAGGGGGUCCAAUGGUUUGAGCACGGCUGCAGUGACCCCUCCCACCCCUCCGUGUACACCAAACUGUGCCUGUACAACAGCUGGAUCAACGAUGUCAUGGAGCAAUACGUGCCUCUUGAGACCACCCCAUUUCCUGAAACCACCACAUCUCCUAUGCAGUGAUUCCACACCAUCUCUUGGAAUCUGCACAUAGAAAACACUGAUUUAAAAAAAAAAUAGUGGCAGAUACUUAAGAUCAUGUUGAAUAAGAAUGCAAAAGUAUUAAAGCUACCAUCUGCAAUUAGACUGGCCAACACGCCCCUGUAUUCUCAUAUAACACCACUAGAUGUCUUUUCCACUGGCACAGUUCACUUGGGGCUGCCUGUGCAGUGGAUCUGUUUGGUGCAGCUUCCUCCAGCUGAGUUGUGUUUCCUUGCUCAGGGCAUGGUUAAGUGUCCAGAGGAAGGGCUCCACUCCGUGAGACACUGACGUCACCCAAACAUUACAAAUGUUUUCUUAAUUAAUAAAAUCUAAAUAAGUGAAUUGUACUCUUAAUCAUAAGGCUGAUUUCAGCAAUUCACAAAAAUACUUUUAGUCAGUGGCACUGUGAAAUGUGGCUAAAGCUACUGUAAACCCAAAACUACUUUUGGCUACUUCAGCUUUUUCUGCAUUUAUUUCACUUCUCUGUGCUUCUGCGCCAUGUUUUAGCAUGUCUUCAUGUAACACAUUGGGUUUGGUUCAUGUUAGAUGCAUUAUGCACAGGACAUAUAUCUUUUUCGGUCUUCAUACAGAGUGCUGUGCAUCAAUAACCAGAAAACAGCUGUUGCAAUUUAUGCUUUGUUUUGUAAUGCAUAUCGGCCCAACAUAUAAAGUGGAAAUACGAUGGUCACAAGAUCAGUCGGAGAAAGUCAGCAUUUGGUGAGAUAUUAUUUUCUGUUUAUAUCAGCUUUUUGCAGUCUUCAGUGUGCAUUUAGUCUUGUCUGGGCCUGGUGAGGGGGAGGGGGGAACAUGGUUCACAUCUGCCAUCUACUGGUAGAAAAAAAAUAAAA